GAGUAUAGGCUUUGUUAGUCACACUUUGACCAAAUGCCGUCUUCCGUCAGUAACGAUCGGACGGAAACGCGCUAAUAGCCCUGGCUAUGGCCACGGACUGUUAUAUAACAUCAGAGACCAGACCCGUUUUGGAAGACUCUACCAGCCUAAUUUCGGAUUGGGCAGCAGGAGACCGUUGCUCCAAGAACAUUUGCCAGCGCCGAACACUUAUUAUCCGAAUAUGGACUUAGUUCGACCCAAAGCGUCCAAAGCAUCGUUUAAAAGUCGCACGUUGCAAUUUGGUCGUAUUGACGAUUGUUACCCGAGUCCGAACACAUACACGUUGCCAUUGUCGGAUGUAUAUCGGCGGUCGAAAAAAUCGGCAUACGUCAAGAAGACUGCACCGCGAUUUAAAGUGGUUUCUGAGGCUGUACCGGCACCGAAUACCUAUUCGUUACCAUCGACCGGCAAUUAUAAGUACGGACAGACGAUACACUCGACCAUACAACAAAGACGUCCUGAGGACAUUGAAUGUCUUGCGCCGGCUCCCAACAGGUACUACCUACCCAAAAAUAAUGGUCCAGCCAAGACAUUUGGUCGAAAAGACUGUCACAAGCGAGCCGUUUACCUGACCAUCGAUGAUCUUUGGCAAUGA